GCGCACGGGCUUUCGCUGUCUCUUCUGUCAGGGAGAACGAUGUAAGUGGAAAGGGAAAUGCGGCUGUGAGGGGACGCGCACCGGAGACGGCACGGGGAGACCGGCGGCACAGCGUCUGCCUCCUCCACACCCGCAUGCAUUAAUAUUAAUGAGUGGCCUGAGGCUCCCGGACGUGCUGAGGAUUUCUUCACAUUAGUGAGGAGUGUGAGGACACGUUACACACACAUUACGUCUUCCUGAGUUUUGCGGAAUGUGACAGAUAGACCUUGCAGCGUUGGACCUUCUCCAUUCUUCUCACCCCUUCCUAAUGUGCCCUAUAAUUCCACUGGAUGCUUGAGAUGGACUGGGACACCUGUGCAGCCAUGCAAGUGGGAAUGCGUGUGGUGCGAGGAGUCGACUGGAAAUGGAUAAACCAGGACAACGGCGAAGGCAGUGUGGGUACCGUGGUGGAAAUUGGACGGCAAGGCAGCCCGACCACGCCUGAUAAAACCGUGGUUGUUCAGUGGGAUCAUGGCACUAGGACAAACUAUCGCACUGGAUUCCAAGGAGCUUAUGACCUGCUGCUGUAUGAUAAUGCCCAGACAGGUGUCCGGCAUCCAAAUAUCAUUUGCGACUGUUGCAAGAAGCACGGGAUUCGGGGAAUGCGCUGGAAGUGUAAAGUCUGCUUUGACUAUGACCUGUGCACUCAGUGCUACAUGAACAACAAGCACGACCUGUCCCACGCCUUCGAGAGAUACGAGACUGCCCAUUCUCGGCCAGUCAUGCUGACUCCUCGUCAAGGAUUGCCUCGUAUAGUCCUCAAAGGGAUCUUUCAAGGAGCCAAAGUUGUGCGUGGACCUGAUUGGGAAUGGGGGAACCAGGAUGGUGGAGAAUCUAAGGUUGGACGAGUUGUCGAUAUUCGCGGUUGGGACGUGGAGACGGGACGCAGUGUGGCGAGUGUUACCUGGGCAGAUGGAACCACCAACGUUUACAGAGUUGGGCACAAGGGCAAAGUAGAUCUGAAAUGCAUUGCUGAUGCUCCAGGAGGACAUUAUUACAAAGACCACCUGCCCAAGCUUGGUAAACCUGCAGAAAUUCAAAGGAAGGAGAGUUCAGUGCGGCAUCCAUUCCAGCAUGGCGACAAAGUCAAAUGUCUCUUGGAUGUGGAGAUCUUACGAGAAAUGCAGGAAGGGCACGGUGGAUGGAACCCUAAAAUGGCAGAGUUUAUAGGUCAAACAGGAACCGUUCACCGGAUUACAGAACGGGGAGAUGUCAGAGUUCAGUACAACAGUGAAACGCGCUGGACCUUCCAUCCUGGGGCUCUAACAAAGCACAGCAGCAUUUGGGUUGGUGAUGUUGUGCGUGUGAUGGAUGACAUGGAUACAGUCAAGAAGCUACAAGUUGGUCAUGGGGAAUGGACAGAUGAUAUGGCCCCUGCACUAGGCCAGAUUGGCAAAGUCAUCAAAGUGUUUGAGGACGGAGACAUGAGAGUGUCUGUUGGCGGCCAGUCCUGGACCUUUAAUCCAGCCUGCCUGACGUCGUAUCAGAGAGAUGACGAUGCGAACUUGAUGACAACCGAAAACGCCAAGGAACCGAAACGUCCUUUUUAUUUUAUUUUUUUGGCAGGUACCUUGGUGUCCAUCUUAGAGAAGAUACUUGCUCAGAAGACUGAUUAUGAAAGUCCAAGCUCUUUGGUUAUUGAAGCAGCCCAGGGGAACACAGGCCGAGUGAGGGAAAUGCUGCUGAAACACCCAGACAAGGUGGAUGUAAAGAAUGAAGGCAGGACAGGCCUGCAGGUGGCAUCCCACUUGGGACAUUUGGAGGUGGUGAAGGUCUUGCUUCAAGCCAACGCAAACAUUGACCUUAAGGAUGACGAGGGGGAUUCUGCUUUACAUUAUGCUGCUUAUGGAAACCAGGCUGCUGUCGUCAGAGCUUUAUUGGCCAAGGGAGCCAAUGCAGAACUCCUCAACAAUGCCAAGUGCUCUGCUCUGUACAUUGCCGUCAAUAAAGGCUUCACAGAUGUGGUGCAGGUCCUAUGUAUUCCUAAUUCUGCCAUCAACAUGCAGGACUUACAUGGGGAUACUCCGCUGCACUAUGCCAUCACUGCAGAUUUCAAAAGUAUCAUUGAGAUCCUUACUGAUGUACCCAACAUUGAUUUCACCAUCCAGAAUCAGCAAGGCUUUAAUCUUCUACAUCACUCGGCUCUGAAAGGAAAUGUCUUAGCUGCAAGAAAGAUUCUGCACAGGGCUCGGCAGCUGGUGGACUCCAAGAAGGAGGAUGGCUUCACCGCACUGCAUCUGGCCACACUCAACAACCACCAAGAGGUUGUGGACAUUUUAGUUAAAGAGGGCCGCUGUGAUGUCAAUCUCAGGAACAAUAGAAACCAAACGCCUCUGCAUCUGGCGGUGACACACGGUCACAUCAACCUGGUGCAGAUGCUGGUGGCAGAAGGGGCAGACGUGAAUGCAGAAGAUGAAGAUGGCGACACGCCAAUGCACAUAGUGCUUGUCCAGCAGCACCUCUCCUGUCUGGAGCCAGAGGGCAAUGGCUCCGCUACUCUAGCCAAGUUGCAGGCUACUGGUUUGCUUGGAACUACAGAACUAAAUGUUGGUGCAGCAAUUGCUUGCUUUUUGGCAUUGUCGGGUGCAGACAUUAACUACGCCAAUCACCGCGGGAAGUCACCUCUGGACCUGAUCAUUGAUGGAAGGAUAGCACAUCUCGUGAAGAGCUUCUCACAGAAAUUCAGGGAACAGGCUGAAACUGAUCCCUCCAUCAUUAGCUGCAGCCUCCGCAGAGUCCAUACUACUCCAAACACAAUGACCAACCUCAGCCUAUCAAGUGUUUCCACUCCUUCCGAAUGCCUUGUGUGUUCAGAACUGGCCAUGCUCAUCAGCUUCUUCCCUUGUCAGCACAGCAUAGUAUGUGAAGAAUGCUCCCGGAGAAUGAAGAAAUGUAUAAAGUGUCAAGUAUCAAUCAGCAAGAAGAUUAGACAAGACAGUACAGAAGUCGACAGUGUUCCCAGCUUAGAAGCAUCAGAUCGCAAGAUGAUGGAAGAGCUACAAAACCGAUAUCGCCAAAUGGAGGAAAGGAUGACCUGCCCGAUCUGCAUUGACAGUCACAUCAAGUUGGUGUUCCAGUGCGGACAUGGCUCCUGCGCAGAAUGCAGCACAUCCCUAACCUCUUGCCCAAUUUGUAGGCAGGGCAUUCGAGAGAGGAUACAGUUAUUUGUCUGAGUUUUGCUCGAGUGCGGGGGUCAGCGGCAUAGACCUCAAGGACGGAAGCUUGCCUGAGCUAAGCAUGGUUGUGUAGACCCUUCACCCAGUGCAAGGGUUCUGGGAGGAGAGGCGACCCAACAUUGCUUAUGAAGAAGUGUGGCUGCAGUGUGUUCUUGUAAGCACCUAUAUAAUAUGUAUCUCUCCACACUGGAAGGGCUAUUCUAUAGCGCAGUCUUCCUGAGAAAUCCUAUUUUCAGAUGGACUGAAAAGGCCACUCCGACCACUCAUUCUAUUAUAAUAUGUCAUCACUGCCCAUUCUUGACAUAGUGUCUAUAUAGAAGUUUUCAUUGUUUUGUUUCUGUAAAAAGAAAAAAAAACUAAACCACAGCCUUCCAAUACAAAAAAAAAUGCUGCAUUUCUUUUAUUCAUACAUGUUCAUGAGACAAAGCAAUACUUUAGGUCAAUAACCCACAAG